AUGAGUGAAGGAGGUGAUGCAAAGUCUUCUGGUAUACCGAUAGCUGAACUUGGAGUUGAACAAAUAAGCGCUCUUCAGCGACAAGUGGAUCAAGAGUUGAGCUUUUUUCAAGAAUCCGCUAAUCAGCUUAAGGCACUCAUUUUGAAAAACGAACAGAGCAUCUCAUCAAUGGACGUCUUGAAGACUGCAGAACCCGGACAUGUAGCUCUAAUUCCGCUAUCUGAAUCGAUGUAUAUACGUGCUGAAUUGGAUAAUCCAGAUCGUAUGCUCGUAGAAAUGGGAACUGGUUAUUUUGCAGAAGUCAGUCGCGAGAAAGCUCGUGAUUUCUUCGAACGUAAGAAGAAAUACAUCACUAAACAGGUUGAAACAAUAGAGAAAAUAAUUCUUGAUAAAAAACGUACCCGGAAUAUCAUAUCCGAAACGUUGCAAUCGAAGAUUCAGGCACAGCUUGCGCAAAUGCCCUUGCCGAAUUGUUGUACCUCAGUGAAUUACUUUUAUGUUGAAACGUUAAGUAGUUUUCUCAAACCGUCGUUGUCAAGAUGCGCAACGACCCAUUGUCAAAUAUUCUUGCAGCGGCUCGAUGGUCGUAGUUUGAGCGAUUUCCGGCAAGUGAAACUUGUUGUGGGAUCAGAAUGUGGGACUGCGUUGUGUACCAUGGGAGAAACAAAAGUAUUGUGUGCCGUUAGUGCUACCCUUACGGAACCGCGCACGAGUCGCCCUAACAAAGGUAUUGUUGCGGUUGACGUCGACAUGAGUCCGAUGGGCAAUCCAGCAAAUGAACAUAAUCGUUUGGGUGAGCGAGGACUUGAGUUAACUCGUAUGCUCGAACUAGUGCUAAGGGAUUCAAGAUGCAUAGACGUUGAGUCUCUCUGCGUUCGAGCACACAAAGAAGUUUGGAAACUAAGAGUUGAUGUACGCAUCCUCGAUGACGACGGUGGGCUUUUGGAUUGCGCCUCAGUCGCCGCUGUGGCAGCACUUUACCAUUUCCGUCGCCCAAACCUUACAGUUCAGCCGAAUCACACUUUAAUUCACUCAGAAUAUGAACAAGCACUUGUGCCGCUCAACAUCUACCAUAUGCCUAUAUGUGUCUCUUUUGGUUUCACGAAAAGCGGAAAUGCCGUCGUCAUUGAUCCUACUGAUAAGGAGUCACAAUGUUUAUACGGUUGUUUGGUGAUUGCUUGUAAUAAGCGUCGUGAGGUCUGCGCUCUUCAUCAGUCAACUAACCUGAUCCUCAGUACGGGCACGAUUGAAGCAUGUGUUAAGCGUGCAAUGCAACGCGCUAUUGACUUGUCGGAGCUAAUUUCCACAGUGAUUCGAGAUGAUGCACAAAAGCGAGCCAAUUACCAGAAGCCGGCUGGGUUUGAUCUAACAAUAAAUGCUCAGCUGCUUACCACCAAGGAGGCUCAGCCAAACGAACUCGUAGCUCCUGCAGUUGAACUCAUGGAAGGUUUCCUGGAAAUGGAGCAGCCAAGUGUUGUCUUGAAUCAGAAUCCACUGGCAGGUGGCAGCGAAUCUCGACUUGAUGAAAGUCAUGAGGAGAAGAUUAUUGCUAAUCAGGUGGCAAUCAUAGCGGAUGGUGUAGACAAUGUCCACAUGGAAACUGCUGCUCCUGCAACUUUCGAAACUGCAACGAUCAGCAAAAGAAAGCGUGAACUAGACGAGGUUGCUGAUUUGUUAGAAGAUCUGGACAAUUUGGAGGGAGAGACGACGGAACUGAAUGCUCAAGGGCCGCCAACCAGUGAGGGAAUUGAAAUGGAAAUUGACUUGUUGAAAGCAAGAAAAAAAAUAUAG